UAUUGCAAUUGACACGGGAUUAAAAAAUGUUCAGAUUUGGAAACUAUGCUUGUGAAUUAACGCUCAUUUUUUGGAUAUCUUGUAAAUGUGCCAGUGUGAAACUUAUUGUAAUAUUGUUAUAUCUUCCUAUCAGCUCAGUACACAACAAUUUACUUCCUAGUUACAAAAUAAACAGUACGGACUGAAGAGUAUUUAUUUGUUUUAGUUUGUGAGUCAUUUUUAAACUCAAGAAAGAAAAUGGCAUCUAAUUUUGAAUCGUCAAUUCAUAGAGGUUGUGAUUUCAUUUACGAUUUUUCCUGCUCUCCGUGUGACGCAAACGGAUUUAACACAGAAGCUCACCAUCAUUGUACACAAUGCAAAAAAUAUUACUGUCAAAACUGUAUUUCAAAACAUAACGGAUUAUAUCAGAAGCACGCGGUACUCGGCCGAAAGGACGUGAAGAAAUGGGAGACAGCCCCAGGGGUGAUUGACGACCUGGAGAGAUGCGGGAUGCACCCCGGGGAGGACAUGAAGCUGGUAUGUGGUGACCAUGACCAGCCGUGCUGUCCUGUGUGCGUUGACAUUGACCACAGGCAAUGCUCCAAAAUUCAACACAUUCCAGAUGUAGCAAAAGGUGUUCAUAGAAAUAUUGAGUUUCAACAAAUUCCAAAGAAGAUAGCAGAACUUCAAAAGCAAUUCGAGCUGAUGAAAGAAUCAAGAAUAAAGAAUACGACAUCUCUGAAAAAAACGCGCGCAGACAUUUCUGAUGAAAUUAAAACCAUACGUAAAAAGAUCAACGAAAUUCUUGACAAGAUUGAGAAGGCAACUUUACAGGACUUGGACGGUAUGAUAGUUAAACUUGAAAAAAAGAUAAAGAAAGAUAUUGAAACUUGUGACGAAAUGACUAUCGGACUGCAAAACAUGAUAACCACUUUUCAAACCAAAGCAAGCGAGUCAAAAUCAUAUAUUGCGUACAGAAAGAGCCAGGGUAUGAUUUUACAGGCAAACGAUCAUCUUCGUGGCAUAUCAACCAUUGAGUGUUACAAUGUAACAUUUCAAGCCAAUAACCUUAUCGAAGAACUUUUAUCUGCAGUAAAGACGUUUGGAGCGAUUGAAGAACAAACUGUAAUGACCAAACAGCGAAAAGAUCCCCUUUCCGAUCCAAACCACGUCUUCAGUGUUGCAGAGUACAAGGACUACAACGUUAAGUUGAAAAACAACAAAUAUCAAUGUGCUAUCUAUGGGCUGUGUGAAAUGCCUAGUGGAGAGUUUGUCAUAGCAGACUGUAGAAAUUGUAGAGUGAAGCUCCUGGACAAGGAGUACAGGGUGCUCGACCACUGUGAUGUACCGGGCAAUCCAUGGGACGUGUGCCAUGUUGGCGGAAAUGAAGUAGCCGUUUGUGUUGACAGAGAAAAUGCUGAUAAACAAGGACUUUAUUUCAUUCAUGCUACGAAAGGGAAACUCGUUACUACGAGGAAGUUAAGCUUCAACCAUGACUGUUAUGCCGCAGCUCAUCAUGGUGGCCAGCUUUACAUCUCCAAAACCGCCCUCUACGUUUACCCUUUGUCGGGACAGAAGGUGAAGAGGCUGUACGAGGACAAGUCACGGGGUAACACUGUCGAGAAAUGUGCCAUCAGUAACGACGGGAAAACAAUAUAUAUCACAAACUACUGUCAACAUCAACUGAUCACCCUGGACAACAACGGCAACAAGCUGGCCUCUCUCACUAACCCUGACAUGAGAGGACCUACUGGAGUACACGUGACACCUGAUGGACACGUGUUCGUCUGCUGCUAUGGCUCCGACAAAGUGCUCCAAGUUGAAAAAGACGGGAAGAAGAAGUUGGCCACCCUGGCAAGGGAAGAACACGGAGUUUACAGACCGUAUAGUUUGUUUUUCAGCAGCCGCACUUCUUCUCUGAUUGUUGUAGAACGGGAAGACACACUUCUUGUUAUCAAGUUAAAUUAAAACUACAUGUACAAACAAUGUUUGAUUUGGUACUAUCGAACUGGGAUCUCUUCAUAAUUGUUGCAAAGUACACUAUAGUGUUGUCAUAUAUAAUUGUUUUAUUUAGA